UAUGUUUACACUUAUAUCUGAACUAAAUACGAGCAUAUCUAGCUAUUUUAAUAUGUUUUCGAAAUGCAAAAUAUUGUUUAUUUUUGGAAUAACCAGCACGGCAUUGUUAUUUGGAGUUUACUAUAAAUUUCUUGAAUUAAGUUAUAAUCCAGUGGGAACUAAAAAUAUUGAAUACUAUUCCCAAGCUUCAGUUGGUUAUAAUGAUGAGUAUAAACCCUCGUAUAACAUAAAACUUUUCAGAAACUCAUCUAUUGCUAGAUUUCCUAGCGAUAUCUGUAAUGUAAAUGUCACACUUCUUGUGUUUAUUGUCUCUGCCUCACAAAACGUCUUAGCUCGCGAAGCAAUAAGAAGUACAUGGGGCACAGCAUGCUCAAAUUCGCACAAAGAUGCCAAAUGUGUCUUUGUCGUUGGCCGAAGUCGAAACGAAUCACUUAAUCGCUACAUUUUGAAAGAAUCUGAUGUCUAUAAAGAUAUUCUGAUUGUGUCGUCUUAUGAUGUGUAUUCGAAUUUAACCUACAAAACAAUGCUUGCCUUACAAUGGAGUACAAUGAACUGUAAUGGAAAAAUAAAGUUUGUGAUGAAAACGGACGAUGACAUGUUUGUAAGUGUUACCAGCCUGACUGCGUACUUAAACAAUGCUCCAAAACAAAGUUAUUUUAUAGGGAAGUGUUGGGGCCCAGCUAUGCCAAUUCGAAAUAAGAAUUCUAAAUGGUACGUUACUUUGAAACAGUACAAUCACAAACACUAUCCCGUAUUUUGCAGCGGAACUGGAUAUGUGUUGUCUUACGACGUGGCAGUAUCUGUAGUUCAAAUAUCAAGCACAGUUCCAUUUUUGUAUUUAGAAGACGUUUAUGUUGCCAUUUGCGCUCAUAGGCAAGGAAUAAUUCCUAAAAACGUGGCAGGAUUUUAUAACACAAAAAAAGUUCUUAAUUCAUGCAAAGAUGUCCACACGGUAUUCACGUCCCAUGGAAUAUCAGCAUCAGAAAUGUGGGAUGUAUGGAGGAAACUUGGAAAUUGUAGUUCUACAGAUAUAGUUGAAUGAACAUCAUAAACCUGAUAUUAAGAAUCGGUCUAGCGUGCAUAAUCUCCGGAUUAAUUUGAUUGAUAAAACAAAAACAAAAUAAAGGUAGUAAGUCUUUCAUUUUUGAAAAAGCAUAUCAAGUAAACACGCAUCUUGUUUAACAAAAUAAAAGGUGAGAGAAGCAAUUUGACAAAGCAUACAGUGCCAUAACCAUGAUGUUCCGGGAGAUAUCGGUAAAAUACCGAGUAUCACCGGUUUGGCUGAACCAAUCAUCAAUCUGUUUGAGCGAGUAGGUGAAGUUUUGCUGAUAACAAUACUAUUCCGGGUUCCAAGUCUUCAUUUUUUGAGAGAAAAGAGUGUCCGGCAUGUUAUACAAAAUAUUUUUAAAUGUUGUGUUGCGCUAAUUCGCUAAAUUUAAAAUGGCGUUCAAAAUGGCGGCCAUAAUUUGUAAUAUGAUUAAAAAUCAAAUAAUGUAAUGAUUUAUAUGACAUAACUCUAUCAUGGUCUGGAAGAUUGGGUUUGGUUAAAGCCAAAAAGCGGUUGAAUGACCACUGGAUUGCCUUUUAUAGAGCGCGUUUAGAUUUGUUUGAUAAUGAAUGGUUGUCUGUAACCACCGAAGAGAUCUUUGAGCUCUUGACGAACUCCUCUGUAUUAAGAAAGGUACCAAAUGAGCUUUAUAUCAAUCAUUUAGAGUGCAGUUGAAAAGCUAUAAUUGGAAAGCUAUAAUUGGGUUCAGGCAUUUAGUUGACUUCUAUAUAUUACACACGUUAUGGCUUGUAAAGUAUGCAUUUGACCUAGGACGAACUUUUGGGUUGCUUGAAACUAUAAUAUCAACACAUUAGGUUGGUAAAACACUGAAUUACUUUAAAAGCGAUAUUUCAGAUUUGAUGUGCUUACAUGGGACUCACAGGAAUAUAUAUGGCAUGUAGUUUGUUUAAAUUUGCUCAAGAAGGGACAUUUGGUGGUUAAAUUGACUUUUAAUAUGGGAAAUAUAUGAACUAUGGUUAAAACUGCUUGGUGACUUAAGUAAUGAAUAGACUUUUCAAUUUUUUUUACCAAAACAUAAAUAAAUGAAAUAAUAACAAAGUCGAUAUUGAACAUAUUUGCAUUUUUACAUCUGACCUUGAUUUUGAAAAGCUUAUUUUUGUAAUUCAAUAUGAAAUACAUUAUAAAAUAGUUAUCAUCUGUUCAUAUGGAUAUGCAUUUUAAAAUGAAACAGUUACACUAUAUUAAUAAUGAAAUCUCUUGGAAACAACACUUUGUGGUAACCGCCUUGGAUAACACGUACCAGGAUAAAACCUAGUUGUCUUCUAUUUGUAAAUAAGGAUUAGACGAAAAUUGUUGUAUUUAGGAAAGGCGGUAGACUACCGCAAAAUUUGCAAUUUUAUAAUGGUGAUUCAGUAAUAGAUGUUGUAUCCAAAUAGUGUUAUUUCAGUAUUGUUUUAA